AAAAGGAAAUUGGCGUAAGAUCCAGUGACCUUGAUCUGAUUAAUUACCAUCGUUUGAUCGGGUUUUGUUUAAUUUAUUUCUGAUGAACUGUGAAAUCAUCUGGUUUUGUAUGGUUUUGUCCUGUUCUUGCUUGACUGCUUACAAAUACCAUCAACGGAACCCAAAAUUUUCAUCCAAAUUGUCGUCUCCUCCUUCGUCUUCUACCUUACCUUGUCUCUCUAUCUCCAUGGAUUCAAGACCGUCCACGAUUCUUCUGUGGCCUCCGAUAGGAGGCAUCAACAAUGAGAACGUCGGCAGCGGCGGCGGCGGCGUGACCUUUGACUCCUCCAGUCUCCGGCAGCAGACGAGGAUCCCCAAGGCGUUCAUAUGGCCGCGGAGAGACCGGCAGGCCGCCAUCGAGGAGCUUGACGCCCCGGUGGUGGACCUCCACGGCUUCCUCCGCGGCGACGAGGCAUCCACGAGGCGGGCGGCGGAGCUCGUCCGGCGCGCCUGCGAGCGCCACGGAUUCUUCCAGGUCACCAACCACGGCGUCGGUGAGCGGCUAGUCCGCGACGCCAUGGAGUGCACCGACGCCUUCUUCAAACUGCCGCUCCCCGACAAGCUCCGCGCCCGCAGGAAGCCCGGCAGCUUGUGGGGCUACUCCGGCGCACACGCUGACCGGUUCUCCUCCAAGCUCCCCUGGAAGGAGACGCUCUCCUUCGGCCAUCACGAUUCCGAGUCCUGCAUUGUCGUCGACUACUUCGCCUCCACCAUGGGCAAAGACUUUGACGGAAUGGGAAGGGUGUAUCAAAUGUACUGCGAAUCGAUGAAGAAGCUGUCGCUGGCGAUCAUGGAGCUGUUGGCCAUCAGCCUUGGGAUCGAUCGGUCACAUUACCGCGAGUUGUUCGAGGAAGGGCGUUCCAUAAUGCGAUGCAACUACUACCCGCCGUGCCAAGAGCCGGAGAUGACGAUGGGGACGGGGCCUCAUUGCGAUCCGACGGCGUUGACGAUCCUGAACCAGGACGAGCAUGUCGGCGGCCUGGAGGUGUUCGCCUCCAACAAGUGGCAGGCCGUCAGGCCCCUGCACAACGCCCUGGUCAUCAACAUCGGCGACACUUUCAUGGCGCUCGCGAACGGAAGGUACAAGAGCUGUUUGCACAGGGCGGUGGUGCACCGGCACGGGGAGCGGCGGUCUCUGGCGUUCUUCGCGUGUCCGAGGGAGGACAAGAUGAUACGUCCUCCGAAGGAUCUCGCCGCCGGCGGGAGGCUGUACCCGGACUUCACGUGGGCGCAGUUCGUGGAGUUCACCCAGCGCCAUUACAGAGCCGACGUCAGGACGCUCCAUACCUUCACCAACUGGCUUCAAUCUUCCUCUUCCUCUUCCACUUCCAUGGCAUGACUUCCCGGCGGCCGGCUACUUUCCGUAUCUCCGGCGAGGAUUGAAGCUAUAGACGACACGGCUCGAUUUUUCUUUUCCCUCUUUAACCUGCUAAGAGCUGUAAAUAUGUCGUGCGAUCUAUUAGAAGAAAAUACUCUGCAACGAACCAUAUAUUUUUUUUUAACCAAGG